GUUGAUGAUUGGCUUUAAUAAUUAGGAAGGGCUUUAAUAGUUAGGAAGAUUGUGAUAAAUUAAAAUUCUUAACAUUUGAAAUAUAUAUCUUUUGUGUUUUAAAGUACCAUCCUUAAAAUAUCCACUCCUGAAGAUUGAGUUUUAAACACAUUCUUCAAAUUAUACCAUUCACGUUUUGAUAACACGUUUGUAAUUUGAAUGCAAAAGAAAUAGCGUUAUUAUUUCACGAUUGGAUACGAUAUUUGAUACGAUUAAUCAAUAUUCUAUAAUUUUCUUUGACAGCACAGCAUGUAGAUUGAUGUAUAUUUUGUUGUAAACUACACAUUGAAAUUGAAGCUUCCUGAUAUCUAAAAUUUUGCACAUGUCUCUGAAAAUAUGAGUUUGAUGUAAUGUUUAUUAGGCCGUGUAUACGUUCAUCGAAUUUCGAUGGUCGUAGCACAAACAUUUUCGAUGUUCCAUUGUUUCCAAUUAUGAGGCCUCGGAUGCAUGUUUGUCCAAGAUGCGGGCAAAUGUACUCGUGGGCUUCAAAUCUUCGAAAACAUCUGAAAAUUGGUUGUGGAUCGGUUACCUGCGAGACGCACUUCUCGUGUAAAUAUUGUCCAUUCAGAUCAAGGAUCGAAGCAACUUUUCUGAAGCAUUUAAUUUCGGUGCACAAUAUCAAAUAAAGAAGUUAUAUUUUCAGUAAAAUGUAUUAUUUUCGAAUAGAAUGAAGAUAAUAAUUAAUUAUAGAAUAACAGGUGAGGCAAUAUUGAAAAGAGAACAUUUAUAUGCCAUACUAUGAAAACUGAUAUGAGUUAUUUUAUUUCUGUAAUAAUAUGCUAGUAUUUCGUCCUUAGAUUGUAGAAGAAGAUUUAAAUUUCUUUUAUCUAUACUGUAUUGAGAUGAAUCUAGUCAGCGUAAAUAUACGGCGAGCUUAAUUCGACAGUAUUAAUUUUUUCAGUUUUCAUCAUGAUUAACUUUACAUUUUAGAACUAGGGUUUUUUAAUUAGCUAGAUUGUGUUCAAAAUAUUUUCUAAUUGAUACUGUGGAAGAUGAAAUGAAAACUGUAUAUAUUUUUGAGUCAAGACCGUAUUUAGUAUAUUAUAAAUUAUAUAUUUCUUUUUAAGGGUAUAUUACUUUAGUAUCAAAAGGGAUGUUAGAUUAUCAGGAAAAAGAAUCAAAACUUACGUGAUACGUUUUUUUUUUAAAUAUGUGAUAUUAUACUUUUGAUUUUUAACUAACGAUUACUAAAUAUUGUAAUCGCUUGAACCAAAUUUCUAGAGUAUCGUAAAAACUUUGAUAAAUCUGCAAAGCAAUUUUUGUAGUUAAAGGAAGGACAUAAUGAUAAGGACCUCGACGCGAAUAUUUUUGUAAAAAUAACCAGAUUUACGGACACCCUAAAAAAUAUGUCUUUAAAUCAAAAAAAUAUUGGAUUUGUAUAUUGUCAGAAGGAUGAUUUGCUUAUUUUUAGGUAGUGCAUUAGAGCCACUGUUAAGUUAGCCUGCGAGCGCAGCUCCGCUCUCACAUGCUUAGCUGCGAGAGCCGAACUGCGCUCGUCAGCAAACAAUACAGUGACUCUAAUCUGCUCCCUGCUAUUUUUUUUAUUCCUAGCAACAUAUUUAUCAUGGCAAUUUCUUUUAAUUAAUCUGCACAGUAAUCAUUCUCGUCAAGUGUACUUACGUAGAUUUAAUUGUAUUUAAUUUUACAUAUAUUUAGACUAUUGUAUCACCCGUAAAGUAAUGAUCUAUGUAAUAAUUAUUCUGAUACUGAUUUUUAAAUAAAUAUGAUGUAAAUAUCAAA